AUGGAUGAAAAUAUUAACGAAAAUUCUAGUAAUGAAAAAAAUGAACUUUGCACUACAUUAGUCACAGGUACAACAUUUCAAACUUGGGAAGAACUUGAGGCUCACCUAGAACGGUAUGCAUUGCAAGAAGGAUUUUCUUAUAAAAAAACAAGAGUUGAUUAUCAUUUGAGUCAAGACAAAAUGAAAUGCUUAACAGCAGAACAGAAAAAAUAUGAAAUUAAACGAAGAACUUAUGAGUUCAAUGUAACAAGACCUAAAAAGGAAAAUCCUAUUGGUAUAACUUCCGUUAAACUUGAACACAAUCAUGAAAUGAAUCCAUUGGUUAAUGAAAUGGCCCCUAAAUUUCGGAAAUUUACACAGCCAAUGCUUAACGAUGUUGAAUUUUAUGUGAAACAUGAGACAACCAGUGCAAGGCAAAUAUAUCCACUAUUACAUGCAAAAUUUCCUGAUCAUCUGAUUUUUAAGAAAGAUUUAUAUAAUGCUAUACAAAAGUUUAAGGUUGGGCAAAAAGAUACUAUCGAAAAUGAUACUGCAAAUCUUUUACACUAUCUUUAUGAUAAAAAGCAACAAGAUCCUGAAUGGUUUUUUAAAUUUUAA